UAACCGGUGUCAUGGCGAAACAACAAAUACAAACAAGAUCCUGCUUGAAUAUUGAACUUUAAUCCAUUGUUGUAAUUUGUUAGUAACACAUAAGGUUGACAUAUCAAAUAUUCAAAUGUUAACUGAUCAUUUUACAUAUUGUUUUCCAACGAUCAAUGAAGUAAAUAAAAUUAACGCAUCGUUCUUAACCAGGAUAGGAAACUUUUAAGACAUCACCUGCCGUCAAGAACUUAAAGGAUUAUUUGCAGCGUGGAGCGUGCAGUCAUGAUGGGACGCGAAGGACCAUAUGAAAACGUGAAAAAUCGACAGACGUGUGGGAUAACACGUCAUGAAAGUUACAGUAUUCUUGAUAUUGAAAUUGAUGAAAGUCUCGAGAAAACACUAAGUUCUGGUCUUUGUGACUUAAAAGAUAAAGACAUUACAUUACACAAAUACCAAGAUAUUCCAGAAUUUCUGCAAGGAAAUCCAUUUGUAACAGAAGGAUACAGAGUUUCUCUUCCAUUUAGUUUAUGUUUGAAAAGUAUGUUUGUAUGGACCAACGAGACAAUAAAUAUUUGGUCACAUCUUGCAGGAUUUUUCCUGUUUAUUUUCUUCAUGCUAUAUGAUAAUAUAAUUGAAAUUCCACGAAAUGAUGGCACUGUGGCAGACCAUAUUAUUGUAACAAUAGGACUUUUGUGUUAUCAGUUUUGUAUGUUGUGUUCUGCUGGAUUUCACAUGUUUGGCUGCCAUUCAGAGAGAGCAAGUAAAAGAUGGUUAGCAGUAGAUUUGGCAGGCAUUUUAAUUGGUGUUGUAGGGUGCUACCUUCCAGCUGUACAUUAUGCAUUUUACUGUCUUUCUAUAUGGAGAGAUGUUUAUUUAUUUACCGUAGCAGUAUUAACAGGCUUGAUAAUAUUUGUGCAAUUCCAUCCUCAAUAUUUUCAAAAUCAUUGGUUUCGUCAAAGAAUAGCCAUCUAUAUUGGUCUUGUAGCAUAUGGUGUUAUACCAGCCACCCAUUGGUUUAUCUUGAAUGGUGGAUGGAAUGCUGAGAUUGUUAGAAUGUUUAUUCCAAAAGUUGUAACCAUGUACUCACUAGGAAUGCUGGCGUUUGCAUUCUACAUUACAAAAUUUCCUGAAAGAUUUUUCCCAGGAAAUUUCAAUUUCAUUGGCUCAAGUCAUAAUGUGUGGCAUGCGGGGAUAGUUAUAGCAUUUGUGUGGAUGCAAAUCAGUCUUUGGAAAAUGUUCUCCUUCCGUAAACAUAAUCCAUGCUUUCAGCUUAUACAAGAUUCUACAGAUUAAAACAAUCAAACGAUUGAUUGGUUGAAUUCAAGUCACACUAACACUGAAGGUCAUAUGGUCACUUUGUAGAUUUACUGAACACCUCAGGUGCCCUACUGUGCCUCAUUAAUGCACCCCAAAAUCGAAACAGGAUUCCAAAAACAAUUGGGUAACAAACAAAGCAGGCUCCUAUUGCCCAGUGCUGGAUGCUAGUGGUUUCCCUAUGGGGCGUCCACAACUAAAGAUUUUGAACAACACCAUCUGGAUUCAAAAACAGCUUUAAACAUCAAUUGCCAAACAUAACAGAGAAGACUGUCCCCUAAAUCAUGAAAAUUUAUAAUUUAAAAGGUUCUUUUAAUGAUGCUAUCAUUAUGCAUUUACUAUUAACAUUCAAGGAAUACAUCUUUAAAUACAAAUUGCUAAAAACAUGGCAAGUUCUUAUACCACACCGGAGUCCUCUUAAACUAACAUGGACUGGCUCUGUCUCUAUAAUCUCAGAAUUACACUUGGAACAUUUUUCCGUACAGAUUUCAUAAUUUUUAACCUAGAGACCAAAACAUUUGACACAGUUCAGCUAGGUUCUUCAAACUAACAAACUAGUUUCUUUAUUUCCGAUUGUAUUGACACUUGUAUCCGAGGCUCAACAAGGAGGGUAUCAAAAUUACCUGAAUUGUCCACACUACAGUACCAUGUGUUCGGACAGAUAUGUACACGACUUGAUAUAAUUCAGAUAAAAGCUUGGGUGUUUUGAUUUUUAACAUGAUAAUUAUACAAUAUGUCGGCAACAAAUGCUUUAGUUUUGGAUAUUCUAUUAUUCACUCGGCAACCGAUUAUAGCUGGUAUAUGAGGUCAGGCAUUGCUUUCUUGACCCCCAAAUUUCAAUGUCAACAUUCUUGAAAUAGCGUAAAAAUAUUACCAUUUAUGAAGGUUGAAAUAAAUUUACUUAAUUUUAAAAGAAAUAUGCACUUAUUGUUGAUAAACAAGAGCGAUCAGUAAUCACA